AUGGAAGACUUGCUGUGGCAAAGGCUUCCUGCCAAAAAUGUGUACUACUACCGCUGCCCUGACCACCGACGCAACUAUGUCAUGUCUUUUGCUUUUUGCUUCGACCGAGAGGACGACGUGUAUCAGUUUGCCUACUGCUACCCCUACACCUACUCGAGACUGCAGCAUUACCUGGCCAGCUUGGAGCGCAGGAACCUGCCUUACCUGCAGAGGGAACAACUGGGACUCAGUGUGCAACAAAGGCGUCUAGACCUGUUAACCAUCACCAACUCUGACCGCAUGAGUGCAGAACGGGAGAAGAAGCUGGUCUUUCUCACCGCCCGCGUUCACCCCGGAGAGUCUCCCGCCUCAUUCGUUUGUCAAGGUGUGAUCGACUUCCUGGUGAGCCAGCACCCUGUUGCUCAGAUCCUGAGAGAUCAUGUGAUCUUCAAGAUAGUCCCCAUGCUAAAUCCCGACGGAGUCUACCUGGGCAAUUACAGGUGUUCUCUGAUGGGCUUCGACCUGAAUCGACACUGGCAGGAUCCCUCUCCGUGGGCCCACCCCACACUGCACGCUGUGAAACAACUCAUAGUGCAGAUGAACCAAGACCCGAGAGUCAGUUUGGAGUUCUACAUUGAUGUUCAUGCCCACUCCACUAUGCUGAACGGCUUUAUGUAUGGCAACGUGUUUGAGGACGAGGAGCGCGUCCAGAGACAGGCUGUCUUCCCCCGACUGCUGUGCCAAAACGCGCCAGACUUCUCCUUUGGGCUUUGCUGUCUGCUCAUCACCUUGUCUGUCUGUCUGGCAGGACCAGGCACGAGAGACAUAGCAGUGAAAGCCGCUAAAUGCGGCGCUGACAGCAAACAGCUGCAGUAA